UUCCGGGAGGGUGGUGAAGGCGGAUUUCUACACACGACGAUUACGUCCCUCUUACCAUCCCUCAAGUUAUUAAUGCGGAGAAUUAUUUUUCAUCCGUCAGUGAUUUACUUCAUUGUCAAGUCCACGGAUUCUCGUACAUGUAUCACACUCGCUGAUUGCAAGAUGCGAUUAAUUGUACCCACAGUACUGCUUGUGACCUUGAUAUACCCAGCAAGUGGCUUAGUUUAUCAAUGGGUUGCUUAUUACAACUACCUUUACAAUGAGAUCUCGGGGGUAAAGACUGCCGUCAAUACGCUAAGGAGUGCCCACGCUACCUGUACAUGUACCCCGCCGUCUGCUGAGAAGGGAGACCAAGGUCCAACAGGGCCUGCAGGAGGAAACGGCGCCCAGGGGGCCACCGGGGAUGUGGGUGCUCAAGGACCACAGGGAGAUAAGGGUAGCAAAGGAACCCAGGGAUCCCCAGGGCCAAGUUUCAGAGGUGUCUUAGGUCCUACUGGUAGUACAGGUUCCACCGGAGACAAAGGUGAUAAAGGAAUUAAAGGCUCGCCGGGCGACAAAGGUUCAUCGGGUACUUUAGGAUCACCAGGUGACACACACACUGGCGACCAGGGCGAUAAAGGAGAUGUGGGACCCGUGGGAGGGCCGGGGCCAGUAGGACCGGCUGGGGAUGCAGGCCCUGCAGGAGCUAAGGGAGACGCAGGUCCCAAGGGCCAGAAAGGAGAACAAGGACCUAAAGGCAGCAAGGGAGAGCCUGCAAUCAUCAGUGGUUGAGCUGAAUGAAGACCUCUCAUCGGCGCCGUGUGCCGUCGACAUUUCACGCGAUUUUUCAUUUACUUUUUUUUUUUUGCUAUAUGAAAGACAGGUUUGAGAUAAUUGAUACAUAUUUUGCUGAGAGCAUGUAUUUAUUUUGUUUUGUCUCAUCAAUAAAACAACUAGUU